AUGCAUGAGGGUGGGAGAAUAAAGGGACGAGAAGGUAGGUGUAGGCUUCUUGGGGAGAGGUGGGAGGAGGGAGGAAAAGCUGUGCAUCAUUUAGCUGAAUGCAUUCCGUGGCACAAUUAUGCAUUUGUAAACGGAUUUCCGGAUGAUAUUUUCCGGAGUGGCAAGUUUUUAUCAACCGAUUCCACCAGUAUGUCUACACGAUGUCAUCAUUUUUACGAAUCGGUAGAUCCUAUACUUCACACCAAUUUUAUAAUCCUUCUUCGUAUUUUCCGGUAUCCAUACUGCUGUUUUACGGAAUUACAUUCUUAUUCAAUUAAAGGACGAGUCACGACGAACAAAUAG